UUUUAUACAUAAAAGACGAAUCUGAAUAUUCAUAAUGUCUCGUCGUCCCAAAAAAACCUAAAACAUUCCGUUUGCUGUAAAUUAUCUUAUAAAGCAGCAAUAUUUCGCAUUUUUGCAUAAAAAAACCCAAACGAAACUUUUCAGUCAGUUUCCGAUGCUGCUGGUUGAGUUCCUGUUUAAACCCAAACGAUCACGUUUACUAUUUGUAUAGAAAUUUAAAUUUUUGAAAAGUGAUGAAAGAAUUCCUAAAUGUUGUCGUUCAUUCAUCGCUGUAACAUUUGUGUUGACGCGGUGGAGCUCAUUCAAUCCACAGAUGACAAUAAACUUAACCUUUGACCUCCUGGUGAACUUCCUGUGGAUCUCUUGUUUCUAACCAUCGUCACACUGGAUCAGUUGGAUCGGGGGGGGGACCAUUAGACUGAAGCACAUUGUUGGUUCUGAUGAGCUGUGAGAGUGAAUGUAUGAAUGUAUGAUCAGUGGUGGAAUAAUAAAAGUACUUAAAUACAAAUUCAAUUUUCCAUUUUAUUCAACUUUGUACUUCCACUACAUCUCAGAGGUAAACUGUAAACAUGAUGUUUCAAACACUUCCUAACUACACAAACAGAGUAUAAAGGAGUUCAAAUGAGCUGCAGCAGGAAGGAUGAUCCAAACAAAGAUACAUAUGUAAUAGUACAACACUAACAGGGAUCAUGUUUCUGAUAAUUAGUUCUGUUAUUACUAUUGUUUGUAGUCCAAUGACCUCAUUUCCUGUUCUUCAGUUCAGUGAGCGAUGAACUGAAGUCCGGCUGAACGUGUGAGGUGAGAUGUGAAGCUGAUGGUCAGUGAGAGAGGAUCUGAUCUGGAUUAGUUAAACUUCAUUUGUUCACAUGUGGAGGUCGAUCCAAAGAGAAGCAACAUCUUCUGAGCAUGUUGCUUUAGCAGCUUAUAAAGCCUCAGAUGUCCGUGCCGCUCUGCAUCCGUCACGUUUUAGUAUUCCUCCGAGUGUUUUGUCUCGUGAUGACGAUUCAAAUUGUAAUCCGAUCUGUUCUCCACAAACUAAGCACGCAGCUUUACCUUUGACCUCAGCAGAGAAAUACUUUAAAGUCCAUGUUUUGUCAAAAACUCUACACUCUGUAUCACUCUUUUUUUUAACACAGGCCGACAUGUUUAAGAGGUUAUAGUUCUCUAAAAGAAGUGUAUUCAAGCGUAACUUAUAUUUGAAGAAGUUAAUAUAAUAUUGCUGUAACUUAAGAACAAUGCAUCUUUUUUUCUGUACUCCUAGAAAAUAAAUCACACCAGAGUUGACUACAACAUGAAUUACAUCUUAACAGGUAAUUUAAUGACAUCCAAGCAAAAGAUUCCGUGAAGAGGCCCAGUUUGUGGUUGAAAGCUCCAGAAGCAGCAACUUAUUUGGAUCUUGUGUUGACAUUAAUGCUCAAUGAAUGUAAGUAUAUUCAAUCAUUUAACUUCCUGUCUGUGUUUUUAUGAGGAAGUCUGUCAUUUCAGUAACACUUUUAUUUUGAAAGUCAGCAGCGGAUGUGCCCCGGAAACUGAGGCUAACUUCACAGUUUGUGACCAAGAUGGCGUCUAUCAGAAACACGUCUGUUAGCAGAGUCUCUGUGUUGUGUUCACUGAGUGUGUGUGAGCUCCAUCUUGGUCUCUGUGUGUCCGGAUAAACCUUCUGAAUGGACUUUUCUCUCAACGUGUUUCCUCUGACUCAUCUCCCGGUAGCCUACAAAGCUAUUGAAGUUAGCUUAGCAUGCUAGCUGGAAACAGACCGACGGGGACGGAAGUGAUCCACACAGCGCUAGUCAGAGUUUAAUGAGAGUAAACGGUGUUUGUGACGCAGUUUGUGUGGUUGUGUGGAAAUGUCUAAAGUCCAAAUGCUGAGAUGUUUAGUCAACCAGCGACUAACUGCGGCUGCUGAAGAGAUAUUUGGUGUGUUUGAAAGAACGAUAGCAGAGUACGAGGAGGAACUCUCUCGUUCAAAAGAGGAGAACGAGCGACAACGGAGACUACUGGACGCUGUUUUCAUGCCUCAGCUUCGGUCACACAGAGCAGACGUCCAGCAGCUGUUGGUGGUUAAAGAAGAGGUUCCCCCUGAGCAGCAGGAGUGGAGCUCCAGUCUGGACCAGGAGGACCCAGAGCCCCCACACAUUAAAGAGGAACAGGAGGAACUCUGGACCAGUCAGGAGGGAGAGCAGCUUCAAGGUCUGGAGGAGGCUGAUAUCAAGUUCACAUUCACUCCUGUGAAGAGUGAAGAUGAUGAAGAGGAAGCUCAGUCCUCACUUCAUCAAAGACAAACUGAACAGAUGGAAACAGAAGGUGAUGGAGAGGACUGUGGAGGACCAGAACCAGACAGGAACUCAGAUCCAGAUAGACAUUUCCAAUUAUCCAGCAGUGACAAAGCCUCACAAUGUAACAAACAAGAAACUGAUGACUGGAAGGAGACCAGAGAACCUCAGUCAGGUUUAAACUCUCUGAAUAAUGAAUUUUCUGUCGGUGGUUCCAGAUGUAGUGCUGGAGAGAAACCAUUUCGCUGCUCUGAGUGUGGGAAGAGAUUUGGCAAAGGAAGAUGUCUAAAGAGACGCAUGAUAAUUCACAUAGGAGAGAGACCAUUCAGCUGCUCACUUUGAUUUAUACAAAAAGUACAUCUGGCAGACCACAUGGCCCGUCACACUGGGGUGAAACCGUUUAGUUGCUUAGUUUGUGGUAAAGGAUUUAUACAAAAGCGAGAGCUGACUUUCCACAUGGCACGUCACACAGGGGAGAAACCAUUCAGUUGCUCAGUCUGUAAGAAGUCUUUUGCACAGAGAGGGAAUUUACACACACAUGAGAAUCCACACACGAGA